GUUCAUUUUAGUCUUCUUUAUUAAAUGCGAUUGUAAAAGCGUUUAUAUCGGAAGUCGAAGAUUCCCAAGUCUAACUGCGAAUAACAAUUAAACGAACACUGCGAAUCUUAUCCUACACAUUGUAGAAUUUUUGGGUUUUAUAAACCCCUUUUUCCUGCAAAUUUGACGUUCAACAAUGAUGACCGAUACAUUGAAAUCAAAUAACCAUGUCAUGGGACUACCUAGUUCAGUAGACUUUGACAAUAAAGGUGAUGACUUGGGAUGGAAAGCCAAACUGAAAAUUCCACCAAAAGACAGAAGAAUACAGACAAGUGAUGUCACUGAUACGAGAGGAAACGAAUUCGAAGAAUUUUGCUUGAAACGUGAGCUGCUGAUGGGAAUAUUCGAGAAAGGUUGGGAGAAACCCUCGCCUAUACAGGAAGCCUCCAUUCCGAUAGCACUUUCCGGCAAAGAUGUACUCGCUAGGGCAAAGAAUGGAACAGGAAAGACUGGCGCGUACAGUAUUCCCGUACUGGAACAAAUCGACCCUAAAAAAGACUGCAUCCAGGCGUUAAUCAUAGUGCCGACGAGAGAAUUAGCUUUACAAACGUCACAGAUCUGCAUCGAAUUGGCGAAAUACUUGCAAGUGCGCGUCAUGGUGACCACCGGCGGGACGAAUUUGCGCGACGACAUCAUGCGCAUAUACCAAAAGGUCCAGGUCAUCAUCGCCACGCCCGGCCGCAUCUUGGAUCUGAUGGAGAAAGGCGUCGCCGUGAUGGACCAAUGUAGGAUCCUCGUGCUCGACGAGGCCGAUAAAUUGCUCUCGCAGGACUUCAAGGGAAUGUUGGACACGGUUAUUAAGAACCUUCCCAUGGAAAGACAAAUUCUAUUGUUCUCUGCUACAUUCCCUUUGACCGUCGAACAAUUCAUGAGAAAGCAUCUGCGAGAUCCCUACGAGAUCAAUCUGAUGGAGGAGCUCACCUUGAAAGGUGUCACACAGUAUUACGCUUUUGUUCAAGAAAGGCAAAAAGUCCAUUGUUUGAAUACUCUAUUUUCCAAGUUACAAAUAAAUCAAAGUAUUAUAUUUUGUAAUUCCACUCAGCGAGUGGAGUUGCUCGCAAAGAAAAUAACGGAACUGGGCUACUCGUGCUAUUACAUACACGCGAAAAUGGCGCAGGCCCACAGGAACAGGGUAUUUCACGACUUCAGAUCGGGCUUGUGCCGGAACUUGGUCUGUUCUGAUCUGUUUACGAGAGGUAUCGACGUGCAAGCGGUGAACGUUGUGAUAAACUUUGAUUUCCCGAAAAUGGCGGAGACGUACUUGCACCGCAUCGGCAGAUCCGGCCGAUUCGGCCAUUUGGGUAUCGCCAUUAAUUUGAUCACCUACGACGAUCGAUUCUCCCUCCAUCGCAUCGAACAGGAACUCGGUACGGAGAUCAAGCCGAUUCCGAAAGUCAUCGAUCCGAAAUUGUACGUUGCCAAAAUGGGCGACGACGACAUCGAGCUCGGAAAGUAAAA